UUCCCAGUUAUUCCAGUCAGACCACUGAGUUACUUUAACAACAUGGAUACCUCUUCUGUCCCUCUGCUUGACCACAGCCUGCAGUACCAGUGGUCCUCUGACACGGACCUCUCCAGCAUUUCGUCACAAGAGAUGCUCUCUCCUGUCCUUUCCAUGGACUCCAGCCUCUCCCCUUCCUACCAGCAGCUUCCACAGUCCACUCCUAAAGGAGCGAAGUGCCUCAAGUCCUCACCUUGCUCCCUGUCUGGACGUGGCCGUAAGACAGGUCGGACCACCAGGAUUCGGAGCAAGCAGAGGGAGAGUGCCAGCGAGAAGGAGAAGCUGAGGAUGAGGGAUCUGACCAAGGCUCUGCACCACCUCAGGUCCUACCUUCCACCUUCAGUAGCACCUGUCGGACAGACUCUGACAAAGAUAGAGACUCUCCGGCUCACUAUCCGCUACAUCUCCUACCUGUCAGCUCAGCUGGGCCUCAGUGAGGAGGUGCUGUUUCAAAAGAGGGAACAAGUGGACACCUCAGCCAGUGACACUUCUUCUCCUGAUUUCAUUAGCUACUUACAAAACUCCUCCGCUGAAGAACAUCUGCAGGGCCAGAACCUGUACCCAAGCCUGUGUUACAACCAGAACAGACAACAUUCUGAUUACUGUAGUUUUGGAGCGAAUCAGUUAAGAACACAGUACACUGAAUGCCCUCAGGGACACAUGAGCAUGGAGGGAGCUCUACAGUCACCACCAGUGUCACAACCCUCCUGUCAGAUGUGUGGUAAAGACUUCUGCAUCCCUCUGGUUCCAAGAGACUACUGGGGCUGAUAUCUCAAUCACUGAUUGUUGACUGUCAGACAACCAACCCAAACGCCUUCAGUGGUUUUAUUGGCUCAUUGUGAAUCCAGUAACUUAUUUUAGAUAUAUGCUUUUCCACGUUUUAUUUAUUUUGUUUUAUUAAAUAUACUAUGUAAAUAUAUGACUAACUGCUAUUUUUUAUAUUUCCUUAUCCCUCUAUUUAUAAUAAACUGUUGAAAUGCAUUGUCAUCUGUUCACUUCCAAAGUCUUUCUUAGUUUCUUUCAUACAGGUUGGACUGAAGUGGGCACUUGUCAUUGUUGAAUGAGACUUAAGCUCUUUAAUCAAUAAAAAAAUGAUGAUGUACUAUUGUGAAACCCUAGGCCUUAAAUAUGUUUGCAUGGAGAUCUUACUGUGACAACUGAUAAAGGGAUAAGCCCCCUCUGGUGGUCAUUUAGAGUAAGUGGAUAUAAUCCUUCAUGCCCUUCAUAACUUGAUAUACAACAUUCAAUUAUAAAACAAAUGAGAAGGACUGGUAUAUUAGCUGUUGAGAGAGGAUUUUUUAAAAUUAUUUUUAUCUCGCAUGUCUGCGUUUCCGAUUUGAUGCCACCAACAGGAUUAAUGAAAAUGGGCUUGAUGCUUAAACCCUCUCCAGUGAACAACACUGCUAUACCCUUUGAGGACUGGGUAUUCCAAGUGUUACCAAACAGUUCCCAGCAGAACACUUUGUUCUUGAAAUAUCUUACCCUUUACAC